GCUGUCGUCGCUUCCGCUUUUAAAACAAAAUGGGUGGCGCCAAAGCUUGACAACAAAGCGACUGUUAGCGUUUGCACCUUCUAACGGAAAGUUAACAAAGUCGUUUCCUGGUUGAAUUUCGACGGCGAUGCAGGGACGAGUUUAUGGAGAAACGUUCCAUUAGGAGCUGCACAAAUGUCAACAUGGCUUCGAAGACGGAUCAACUUCUCAUCGUCGUGUCCGUCCUCGAAGGUCGUCACUUCCCGAAGAGUCUUCGACUGAGCCUCGUGGUUCAGGCCAGCUUCGAUGGUGAGCAGCUGGCUACGGACCCAGUGGAGCACAGAGAGCAGCCUCAGUUCAGCACUGAACUGGCCUGGGAGCUUGACCGCAGGACGCUGCACCAACACAGACUGCAGAGAACUCCAAUCAAGCUUCAGUGUUUUGCUGUUGACGCAGUCAGCAAGAAAAAAGAGUGUGUCGGCUACAUUGUCCUCGACCUCCGAUCACUGCAGGAGGUCAAGCAGGAUCCACGCUGGUAUCCGUUGCUGAGCAGUAAAUACACCAAGCAGAGGCCGGCCCUUCUUCUCAGCAUGGUUCUGGAGAACGACGCCAAACCAUCUGGACCCUCUCCUGAUAGGUUCAAAGCCAAGAAGGCCCCACCCAGACAAGGUUCUCCAGCCAUUAAUGAGCUGCUCCCAGAAAAGCUGGAAUCUGUACUGAUUUCAGACCAGGGUUACCAUCAGAUCGGACCUGCAGAUCACUGUUCUGAUAUGUUCGUCCUGUCAGUCACUGUGGCUUUUGCUACCAAACUAGAACAGUUGUUCCCACAGUUGAUCCCCAGCACUAUGAAGCUGUCAUCAGAAGGCUCCGCCUUCUUCUUCUACUAUUCUUUACUGGGGAACGACAUCACCAGCGAGCCUUUCCACAACUUGCUGAGCCCUGACUUUGAGCCGGAGCGUGCCUCUGUGCGCAUCCGCAGCAGCAAACAGAUCCUCCAGACCUUCUUGUCCCAGCAGCCCAGUUUACAGAUCCAUCUGUGCUGUGGGAAUCAUUCUCUGGGCAGCACAGAUGUUUCUCUCUCGACUCUGACGGCUGUGUCCGUGGACCUGGAGAGCAAGGCAGCAGCAGUGGAAGGAGCCUUUCUUCUCCAACCUCCAUCACACAAGCAGACGCUGCUUCCUCUGCCUGCCGAGCUGCAGCCGACUGUGGGUGUGUCUGUCACCCUGAGGAGGGAAGAGGUUGCACCACAGUCCUUGGUGAAUAAAGAGGGAAGUGGACGUCAACCCUCCGUCUGUCUAUCUAGUCCUCCAUUCCUUCCAUCUGCUGAACACCAACCCCAGCCCUCCUUUACAGGAGGUAAACCUCACAUGUCUCCUCCCCACCCUCCUUUUGCUCCCUCUUCCUCUCAUACAGAGAGCGAAGCAGAUAAUCUGCUGGAAGGGCUUCAGCAGCAAAGAGAGCAGGGAGGACUGGCAGCUGCAGAUUUGGAGGUUCCUGUUCAGUUACAGACUGAGGCUGCAGAAGAAGGUGGAGCUUCAUCCGUCAGCGUUUCUGCUCCUAAAGUGUCCAUCCCCUCGUCUGCCCAUCACUACUGCUUCUCUCUGGACCUCCGCACCCUGGGAAAGCUCAGCUUGACGCACCCCAUCGCUGCCACGCUCAGGUAUUCCUAUCAGUUCUUUGGCAGCGCAGCUCCCAUCAUGACAAACCCUCCCGUGGAGCUGCGGAGGAACAUGGAGGUGUCCCUGCCUCAGUCCUACUGUGCAUUUGAUUUCGCUGCACUGCCGCAGCAGCUGCAAGACACUUUCCUCAGGGUUCCUCUAGUGGUGGAGGUUUGGCACAGAGACUCCAUGAGCAAGGACCAGCUGGUUGGACGGGCCUCCAUUCAGCUGUCUCACUUGCUGAGCUCUGAGAGGAGCCGGUUAAUGACAUCAGCAGGGGAGCAGAGCUGGCGGCAGAGUCAUCAGGACAGAACCCCUGUGAUCAGAGCGCAGCAACCGAUCGAGAAGGUUGCAGAGUUGAGCUACGUGGUGACACUGGAGGACCUGGGACUGGUUAAAGCCACAGAGGUCAUUGUGUCCAAGUCUUCACAUCAUCAGAAUGAACAUUUACCUUCCAACCCUGCAGCUCCCACCCACCCCUCUUCCCCCCUGCCCUCCACAGCUCCCAGAGAAACCCUAGAGUACCGCACGGCCCUGGAGCUGGAGCUGUGGAAGGAGGAGCAGGAAGACCUAUUCGACGAUCAGUUGAGGAAGAAGGAGCUAAGCCACAUGCAGGCUCUGGCAGAGGAGUGGAGGAGAAGAGACAGAGAGAGAGAAGCUCUGGUAAAGAAGAAGGAGGCAGAGUAUAAUGUGUUGGAGGAGCAGUUACAGAAGACCUUGUCCAAUCUGGAAAAGAGAGAGAAACUUUUGGCUGAGGCCGAGCUGGAGACUCAGAGGCAGCAGAGGGAGCUGCGAGCUGAGCACGAGCUGAGCCAGAGGGAGCUGCAGGAGAGCAGCAGGAGGCUGCAGCUGGAGUGUGACCACCGGGUGGCGCUGCAGAGAGACAAAGUGCGACUGAUGGAGGAAGAGCGAGCCCGGCUACUCCAGCAGAUUGCAGAUGCUGAGAGUCGGUACAAACAGCUGGAGAAAGAAUUUCAGCUCUACAGAGAACAACAGAACAUCAGACCUGAGUUCAGACUGCAGUCUGAGAUCAACUUGCUGAGGCUGGAGAAGGUGGAACUGGAGAGGAAGCUAGAGUCCAGCACCAAGUCCAAGCUUCACUACAAACAGCAGUGGGGACGGGCCUUAAAGGAGCUGGCCCGGUUCAAACAGCGGGAGCAGGAGGCGGCUAUGAAUCGUCUGAAGAAGCAACAGGCCGAGCUGGAGGCCAUGAGGCUGCGUUACCUGGCAACAGAGGAGAAGGAGGUGGCACGGCAGGACCGACAGGAGUUGGACGACAUCAGGAAUGAGCUCAACAGGUUAAAGCAGCAGGAGGACAGAGCAGGAAAAGCUUCCACUGGUCCAGGAGUGAAUGAAAGCUCAGAUGAACACCUGAGCCGCCUGCUGGAGGAGAGAGACACCCUGCUGAGAACCGGCGUCUACACCCACGAGGACCGAAUCAUCGCAGAGCUGGACCGACAGAUACAGGAGGCCAUGAGGAACGCGGGGAGGCUCUGAGAGGCCGCAGAAAUAUUCUGUAGCAGCCUGGAUGAUGGUGCUUUAAAGGAUUAACACUGUCAAAUCCACACCAGGGUCAGAAGCUGAAGCUUUAUUCAACCAGAAAUGUCAUUAAUCCUAUUUGUUGCUAAGUUAUGAGGACGUGGUUCCUGAGACUGAGUCAGUGAGAAUCCUGUUACAGCAGGUGGUGCUGCAGCCUCAUGCUCCCGAUCUGUUUGAAUUGUUUGUCUUUUGUUUGUUGUUUUAUAAUAAACACUUUAAACAGCGA